AUGGAAUUAUUACAAUUAAAUACAUUACAAUUAUCCGAUGUUGCAUAUUUCUGUAAUCGAUAUCCAAAUAUUGAUGUAUCAUAUGAAAUUUUAAAUAAUGAUAAUCUUAUUAGUAAUAGUACCGUUAAUAUAAAGGUUAAAUUAGAACGUGUUAAUGAAAGAUCGGAAUCAGUUAUUGCUUCAUUAUUUCCACAAAAACGUGAAGAAGGAUGGUGGUUAGUUAUUGGAGAUUCAACGACAAAUACUUUAUUGUCAAUAAAACGAUUAACGAUACAAGAGAGAAAUGAAAUUGUUUUGGAUUUUAUGGCCCCAACAGGUGGUAAACAUGAUUAUAUACUUUAUCUGAUGUCAGAUUGUUAUAUGGGCUGUGAUCAUGAAUAUAAAUUUUCGAUUAAUAUUCAAAAUCCUAUUAAUAUGACAUAA